GAAGAAUUAAAGAUGGCAAAAAGUGAUGGCGGCAUACACAUCUUGCAGGGUCUAUUAGUCUUUGGGAAUGUUGUCAUUGGGAUGUGUGGCAUUGCCCUGACAGCAGAGUGCAUUUUCUUUGUGUCUGAUCCCCAUGGUCUCUACCCUCUGCUGGAAGCCACAGAAAAUGAUGACAUCUAUGCUGCUGCCUGGAUUGGCAUCUUUGUUGGCUUUGCGCUCUUUGCUCUGUCUAUCCUUGGUAUCGUUGGAGUCAUUAAGUCCAACAAGACCUUGCUGCUAGUGUAUAUUAUCCUGAUGUUGAUCACUUAUGCAUUUGAAAUGGCUUCUUGCAUCACGGCAGCGACUCAGAGGGACUUUCUCACUCCAAAUCUCUUCCUGAAGCAAAUGCUGGAGAGGUAUAAGAAAGCAGAGCCAGACAAUAACAAUGACAAAUGGAUGAUUGAUGGAGUUACAGAUACAUGGGAUAAGCUCAUGGUUCAGAACCAGUGCUGCGGGGUAAAUGGUCCCUCCGACUGGCAGAAGUACAUGUCCGCCUUCCGCGCCACUCACAGCGAUGCUGACUACCCUUGGCCACACAACUGCUGUGCUUUGGAUGCCCAAGGGUCCCCCACCAAUCUUGAUGGCUGCAAGCUCGGAGUCCCUGGCUACUAUAACAGCAAUGGUUGUUAUGAUGCUAUUUCUGGGCCAGUAAACACGCAAGCCUGGGGUGUUGCCUGGUUUGGUUUUGCCAUCCUCUGCUGGACUUUCUUCGUCCUCCUUGGUACCAUGUUCUUCUGGAGCAGAAUUGAAUACUGAAGGCCCGGUAUCCUCAGCGCUGCCCUGAAGCACCAUGUGAAACUGCAUUCGUUCGUCUCCUGCUCCAUUCUCCUUGUGACAUGGAGG